AUGAAGCAUCAACAAGUGGUUCCGGACUAUGCGGCUAUGGUGAAAACGUCCGGCACGUGUCUGUGUUUGGUAUUUUCCGGCUGGGUAUUAUUCAAGCUAGUUCAAGCGGUAUUCUGGCUUCCGGGCUAUCUGGAGAAGAACCAGGAACAAUUGUAUCGCCGUGUAGAGCCACGAUCGAGAAUUGUGCCGAAUGAUAAAGUGGACAAAGUGAACGACGAAGCUAACCUUUGUGCGCUUAUGGCGGGAAGUUCUGACCCUGAACUGCUGGAAGAAGGUGUAGAAAAUGCUACAAUUAUGGAGGAGAAAGGAGAAAACGAUGCGGUCGAGUGUGAGGGUGAUAACAAAAAGGACAAAUAG